AUGACUGAUCUCGGGGACCUCCACCACUUCCUGGGUAUGAAGCGGGCUGGCAUGUCUGACUGUCACCCCUCGCCUACACCGGUCGACACAUCCUCAAAGCUCUCCGCUUCCGAUGGCGAGCUCCUUCCCGACACCGCCGACUAUAGGAGCAUCGUGGGCGGACUUCAGUACCUCACACUGACGCGCCCCGACAUCUCCUAUGUUGUUCAGCAGGCCUGCCUUCACAUGCAUGCUCCGCGCACGUCUCACUUGGCUCUCGUGAAACAUGUUCUGCGGUAUGUUCGGGGUACACUGGAGUUCGGCCUCCAGCUCCACGCCUCCUCGUCGACCGCCCUUGUGGCCUACCCCGACGCCGACUGGGCCGACUGUCCGGCGCCGCUCCACCUCCGGUUACUGUGUCUACUUCGGUGA